AUGGCGCCUGAAUACGUGUACGCCCUCCACGACUUUAUCCCGGAGAAUGAAGACGAGGUCGAAUUCCGCGCCGGCGAGCGAAUCGAGGUUGGCCGCAAUCUUGCAGGAAAGGUCGGACUCUUCCCUCAGAGCUACACAACUCCAGCACCUCCAACCACGAACGGUGCUUCAGACGAUUCAAGCGCUUCGAAUACACCAGGCCCGACGUCGUCGGCGAUAACGAGUACCGUCCUCCAGCCUUUACAAGAAGAGUCGGAAAGCGAAUCACCCAUCUCCAAACCGUCCGACAUUGUAUCUCCUGUUCCCAGGCAGCCGCCAGCCUCCUUCCUCAAUGGCCAUGAGAGUGACGCCGACUCGCUCGCAGAACCACGCACAGGUGGAGACGGCGAGAUGAUGAAGGCGACUAUGACCGACGUCCAAAAGGCCAUCGAACAGCUGGGGCGGAACCGAGUGGACCCAGACGGCGGCCGAAGUUUCAGCUUUGCGAGUACCCGCGACGGCGGUGAGACCGACACCGACUUUGACUUGAGCGAUAUGGAUGGGCACGACACUACCGAGGGUGAGGAUUGGCAUAAAGGUGCUCGCCGGAAACUGGCCGAGAAGGCGAGGCAGGCUGUGGAGGAUGCGGAGAGGCUUGAGGCUAUGAUGGCCUCUGAGAGGUCGACGGCUCCGCCUAUCGAUGUCGAGCUCAGCGACGAGAGUGAGGAUGAAGGCGAUGUUGAUUUUACUACGAGGUCGACCAACUUUACUCGCACUCAUCCGCACAUUCCGGAGGAGGACGAGGAGGAUGCCACUGAACCCAAGGUCGACCACAAGGAAGAGCCAUCUGCCCAGACCAUCACUGCACCUCAGAAGGAAGAGCAUGAACCGUCGACGGCGACCCAGAUUACAUUCACUCCCCCUCCGCAGCCACCGCAGGUUGAGAAGACGUUAAGCGUGCCUUCUAUGGAAGAACAGACGCCCACGCCCUCUGAAUCCAAACGCAGCAGUGCUCCCACUCCCAUUAGCCAGCCUCUGAGUAGUUUGCCUUCGCCUGCCGCUUCGGCUCAUGCAUCGGGCUUCCAUGUCACCCCGCCUUUCCAGGAUACCUCGUCUACGUCCGUCAGCGGACAGAGCGUCUCCACCAACCCUACCUCGCCUCAGGAAUCCACCUCUGCAUCCGAGAAGAAGGACAAGAAACCUCCAAAUGAAUGGACACUCGACGAAGUCGUCGAGUGGCUCAAGAGCAAAGGUUUCGACCAGGACGUAUGCGACAAGUUCAUUGAGCAAGAGAUUACCGGCGACGUCCUCCUCGAGCUCGACACCAAUUUACUCAAGACAGAAAUCGGUAUCAUGGCAUUCGGCAAACGCGUGCGCAUCGCCAACGCCAUUAGCGACCUCCGCCGUCCAGCGUCUAUCAACUCUUUCGAACCUUCCAUCGAUUCGUCCAUUUCGCAAGCUACCAGCGCGCCAUCGGCGAUCCUGCACCACCACCUCCAGCAACAACAAUCCCAUGCGCAUAUCCAGCAUUCGUUCUCUAUGGGUGCCGCUGUAGUCGGCGCUGGCGCGCAAGCACAUGUGAGAUCGCACAGUCACGGUCAUUCGGUACAUUCGUACCCUGGUACACCCCAGGGUUCGUUGCCCAGUCCUAUCGGCUAUGGACCGAAUGGUGGGAUCUCGGGGUUGCCGAUGUCUGCUCCGUCGGAUAGUCUUGCGUAUAGCCAUCAUCCGCAGGGUGCGGUUGCAAAUGCGAUUGCGGCCUCUGGUGCUGUUGCUGGUAUGGGUGUUGGGUUGGGGAUUGAUGGGAUGGGCCCGGAUGCGGGUGAUAAGCAGAAGGGAAGACCCGCGCAUUUGAUGCUCUCGCCUAGCGAUGGUAACUUGAAGAGCAAGGUUAUUAUUGAUACUUCGGCGAGGAGUAACGAGGAUGAAGAUCGGGCUCAUAUGAGUGACGGCGAAGCAGUUGCACCUUCCAACAGCGUCCGCCGCCGCCUCUUUGGCCGCUCGCAAGAUUCCUCGCUCUCGGUAUCCCACUCUUCGCGCAACUCCAAGGACGGCCAUGUCUCGCCUGCUCCUUCGCCUUCUCAGAAUGAGAAGGAUAAGGAGUCUACGACGUCAAGUACGACUGCUUCGACGCGUCAUAAGAGUAAGAAGAGUUUGGAUAAGACGGACAGUAAUCGGCUUAGUAUCUUUGGGAAUACGUUUGGUGGGACGUUGGGUAAAGGGAGGAAGCCUCCACCCAGUGAGGAUACCAUCGCGGACAGCAAGUCUUCUUCCGUGUUCAGUCGCCUCCACUCCACCAGCGUCCGUAAAUCAUCUUCCAACCGACCAUCUACACCCUCUGGUUCUCCCAAAGCCACCACCUCCGACACCGCCAAAGACUCGAGUACCGGCAAGAAUCGCAGUGUAUCUGCUAUGACCACGACCAGCAGCUUCUCCGUCAUUCCCGACCUGAGGAAGAAACAAUCGUUUGACCAUCAUCAUCACGAGAAGCGGACGAGUGGUGAGCGGACGUCGCAUGAGAGGGAACGGGCGAUGUUGAGGAAGAGGACGAUUUCUGGGCCUUCUGGUGGUGGGCAGAAUGGGAGCGGGAGUGCGAGUGGAGGUGCUGGUGGUAGUGGGGACAGGGACCCUGGAGCGAGUGAUCCCACUGGUGAUAUCAAGCAAGGCUUGAGUAUCCUUGAGCAGGUUGGUGAACCUGAUCAUACUGGGUGGAUGAGGAAGAAGGGGGUUAGGUAUAAUUCGUGGAAGUUGAGGUAUUGUGUGUUGAAGGGGGAACAUUUGUAUAUCUUGAGGAAUAAUAGUAAGAGUGAAACGAGGUUGAAGGGAUACGUCAACAUCCAUGGGUACAAGGUUACUGUGGAUGAGAAUUUGGGACCGGGGAGAUAUGGGUUCAGGAUUGAUCAUGAUCAAGACAAGACCCAUUAUUUCAGCUCGGAUGAGAAGGGUGUGAUCCGGGAGUGGAUGAAGGCGAUUAUGAAGGCUACUAUUGGUCGGGAUUAUACCAAACCCGUUGUCUCCUCUUGCAACAUCCCUACCAUCCCGCUGGUCGUCGCACAAGCGAUGAACCCCGCCCCACGCCCGCCCUCUCCGACCGCCCGAGACGCCACACAGAAAGCGCUCCGACGAGAGAACCCGCAUCAGUUGUCUAGUCGCGAUGCCCGUGUGUUGAUGGGUCUUCCUGGCACUGGCGAAGAUCGAAAGAAUGUUCACUCUUUCUUUGCAGAUGAUUCUGCUGCUGGUAACGGCAACGCUUCGAGUGCGAAUGGGGGGUUGAGUCCGGUGACGACGCCGAGAGCGGCAAAUGCGCCUCCGAGACCUUCGAGAGAGCUGAGGAGGGGGAAUUCGAUACGGUCUACGAUGACUUCGGCUGAUGAGAACUUGAUUGAUUGGGCUAAUUCUCAUCUUCCCACUUCGCUGCAGGUUUAUGAUCCUACUGGGCCUCUCUUCACUGGUCUCGCCCUCCUCCGCAUCGCUGAAUCCAUCAAAGGCAAACCUGCUUCUCCUCCUGUUCCCGAUUCCGCCUUCCCCUCCGACCCGUCUGACGAUAAAUUGGACGGACUCUUCAAGCUGUUCGACUUCCUGUUGGAUAACGAUGUGAAGAUGGGGAGUGUGAGUAUCAAUGAUGUGAGGCAGGGGAAGAGGGAUAAGGUGUUGCAGCUUGUGAAGGCGCUGAAGGCAUGGGAGGACAAGAGGCGUGCGUUGGCGAUGUCGGUGGGGAGCUCGGUGCAGGCGGGUAGCUUUAUGGCGCCUGUUGGGAUGCAGUAUAGUGGGACGUAUUGA